AUGGAUACGACAGUCCACCUAACACGAAUGCUUCCGCUAGCCGCGGGCCUAGCAACAGCUAUAUACAUCUCUUUGUGCAUCUGGAGUUUCUUCAUCCGCCGCAAGUUCGCGCGCCGUCACGGUUGCCAGCCAGUGGUAAGGUCCUCGAACAAAGAUCCUUUUUUAGGGCUCGACGUCAUACAGCGAGGCAUCCGGAAUUCCAGAGAACACAAAUCCCUCGAAAGGAUUACUGAGAACUUUCAUAAAUUUGGAAAUACCUUUAAAUUGAAGGUGUUCACAACAAAUAUCAUCGCAACCAUCGAGCCAGAGAUUAUCAAGUCCAUCCUGGCAAUUAAUUUCAAGGACUAUGGCGUCAACCAUCGCCUGCAAGUAAUGGAGCCUCUUUUAGGCAGAGGGAUUUUUGACACAGAUGGAGACCACUGGGCCAUAUCGCGGGCCCUUAUCCGACCCAACUUUGUCCGCGAUCAGGUGGCGGACCUAGAAAUGUUUGAGAAAUUGGUUCCUGACCUAUUUGCAUUGAUACCUCGUGACGGAAAGACGACCGUAGACCUACAGAGCCUUUUCUUUCGCUACACCACUGAUUCUGCGACUGACUUCUUAUUCGGAGAAUCAGUUGGGACUCUCAAAAGCUCGCCGCCAGAGUUCGGUUUCAGCGACGCCUUUAACUAUUCUUUACAAAGUAUUAUCAAAAAGAGUACGCUAGGACCCUUAUGUAUGUUUUAUUAUGACCCGAAAGCAAAUGAAUGCAAUCGCAUUUGUCGAGAGUUUGCGCAGCGAUUUGUCGACAGGGCAGUCCUCACGGUCGAGUCGGACAAGUACAGAGAGCAGGGAGAUUUCAAGUCGAAGGGCCAGAAAUAUGUGUUCCUGCACGAACUGGCGUCACGCACAUCCGACAAGCGCCGUAUCUUGGACGAGGUUAUGAACGUGUUGGUAGCUGGGCGUGAUACCACUGCCAGCCUGCUAAGCAAUAUGUUUUUCGUGCUGGCUAAGCGCCCAGAAAUAUGGGCUAAGCUCCGUGCAGAGGUAGCUGGUCUCCAUGGCAGAUUGCCUACCUACAACGAGCUUCGGAACCUUAAAUAUGUCAGGUGUUGCAUAAACGAAUCUUUGCGUAUUCAUCCAGUUGUGCCAAUGAACGACCGUAUCGCUCUGCGAGACUCUGUUCUCCCAAUGGGAGGAGGCGAGGAUGGCAGCUCUCCAGUCUUCGUGUCCAAGGGAACAAUAAUCAGCUAUAACAUCUACGCAAUGCACAGGCGGACCGACUUCUAUGGGCCCGACGCGGAGGUCUUCCGCCCGGAGCGUUGGGAGGAUGGACAGCUACAGCCUCGCUGGGAGUAUUUACCCUUCAACGGUGGGCCACGAAUCUGCAUAGGCCAGCAAUACGCAUUAACCGAAGCUGCCUACGUUACCGUCCGUAUGGCCCAAGAGUUCAAGAUCCUGGAGAGCCGAGACCCAGGGCCAUGGGAGGAGUCGUUGACAUUGACAUUAUGCUCCCGGAAUGGGACGAAGGUGAGCGUUACUCCGGCUUAG